CAGCAAAAGGGUUAUUAUGCUAGGGCUUAUACUGACCAUUAGUUCUGAUUACUGGGGAGGUUUUGAAGUGCAAAAGUGGACAUGAUGAUUGGAAUCGCUUUCAGAGUUUCUUGGCUUUGUUGCCUGCUAAUUGGAGGGAUAACCUGUUCUACAUCAAGUGAUGGGUAUCCUGCACUAGGGUCUGAUGCAGCAUGGCUCUAUGCAGGCUCACUUGGGUCUAAAGGAUAUGGUAAUUACAGCUCUCCAACAGCUCAAAUGCAAGCGCAGCUGACCGAAGGGCAACAGAAACAUCCGGCUGCCAUCCUGCAAAAACAACUGGUCCCCAUGCCCCAGGCACCUCAGAAAACGUGGUAUCCAGCUCAAAUGCCCCAGAAGCAACCAGCUACUGAACUUCAGCAUCAGAAGGAACAGGCCUCCAUACCCCAGCUACCUCAGCAAGUGUGGUAUCCAGUUCAAAUUCCCCAGCAGCAAAAGCAACCAGCUACUGGUCCUCAGCAGCAGAAGGAACUGACCACCAUGCCCCAGAAGCAACUGGCUCCAAUGCCUAUACCGCAGAAACAACCAACAGCUAUGCCACAGCAAGCAUGGUAUCCAGCCCCAAUGCCGCAGAAGCAACCGGCCGCCAUGCCCCAGCAAGUGUGGCAUCCAGCUCAAAUGCUGCUGAAGCAACUGACUGCCAUGCCCCAGCAAGUGUGGUAUCCAGCUCAAAUGCCCCAGAAGCAAUCGACCGCCUUGGCCCAGGAAGUGUGGACUCCAGCUCAAUGUACCCAGCAGCAGAAGCAACCGGCUGCUGAAACUCGGCAGAAAAUUGAACCGACUGCCAUGCCCCAGCCACCUCAGCAAGUGAUGCAUCCAGCUAAAUUUCCCCAGGAGCAGAAGCAACCAGCCCCAAUGCCUUUACCGCAGAAGGAACUGACCGCCAUACCCCAGCAACCUCAGCAAGUGUGGCAUCUGGCGCAGAAGCAACCGGCCCCUAUGCCCCAGCAGCCUCACGACGUGUGGUAUCCAGCUAAAAUGGUCCAGAAGCAACAAGCCUCUGCAACUCGGCGGCAGAAGGAAAUGACCGCCAUGCCUCAGCAAGAGUGGCAUCCAGCUCAAAUGCCCCAGAAGCAAUCACCCACUGAACCUCGGCAGCAGAAGCAAUCGACCACCUUGGCCCAGGAAGUGUGGACUCCAGCUAAAUUUCCCCAGAAGCAACCAGCCCCAAUGCCUUUACCGCAGAAGGAACUGACCGCCAUACCCCAGCAACCUCAGCAAGUGUGGUAUUCAGCUCAAAUGCCUCAGCAGCAACCGACGGCUGAGCCUCAGCAGCAACCGACGGCUGAGCCUCAGCAGCAACCGACGGCUGAGCCUCAGCAGCAACCGACGGCUGAGCCUCAGCAGCAACCGACGGCUGAGCCUCAGCAGCAACCGACGGCUGAGCCUCAGCAGCAACCGACGGCUGAGCCUCAGCAGCAACCGACGGCUGAGCCUCAGCAGCAACCGACGGCUGAGCCUCAGCAGCAACCGACGGCUGAGCCUCAGCAGCAGAAGCAACAGGCCACUAUACCCCAGCAAGUUAGGUAUCCAGCUCAAAUGCCCCAGAAGCAUCUGGCCUCCAUGCCUCUGCCGCAGAAGCAACCGACCGCCGUGCCCCAGCAAGGGUGGCAUCCAGCUCAAAUGCUGCAGACACAACUGACCGCCAUGCCCCUGCAAGCAUGGUAUCCAGCUCAAAAGCCCCAGCUGCAGAAGCAAUUAGCCGCUGAACCUCAGCAGCAAAUUGAACUGACCGCAAUGCCCCAGCCACCUCAGCAAGUGUGGCAUCCAGAUCAAUUUCCCCAGCAGCAAAAGCAACCAGCUACUGAACCUCAGCAGCAGAAGGAACCGGCCGCCGUAACUCAGCAAGUGUUGCAUCCAGCUCAAAUGCUGCUGAAGCAACUGACUGCCAUGCCCCAGCAAGUGUGGUAUCCAGCUCAAAAGCCCCAGAAUCAACCAGUCCCUAUGCGUCAACCGCAGAAGGAACUGACCGCCAUUCCACCACAACUGUGGCAAUCGGCUCAAAUGCCCCAGCAGCAUAAGCAACCGGCUGCCACGCUUCAGCAAGUGUGGCAAGCGGCCCCCAUGCCCCAGCAGCCUCAUGAUGUGUGGUAUCCAGCUAAAAUGGUCCAGAAGCAACAAGCCUCUGCAACUCGGCGGCAGAAGGAAAUGACCGCCAUGCCUCAGCAAGAGUGGCAUCCAGCUCAAAUGCCCCAGAAGCAAUCACCCACUGAACCUCGGCAGCAGAAGCAAUCGACCACCUUGGCCCAGGAAGUGUGGACUCCAGCUAAAUUUCCCCAGAAGCAACCAGCCCCAAUGCCUUUACCGCAGAAGGAACUGACCGCCAUACCCCAGCAACCUCAGCAAGUGUGGUAUUCAGCUCAAAUGCCUCAGCAGCAACCGACUGCUGAGCCUCAGCAGCAACCGACUGCUGAGCCUCAGCAGCAGAAGCAACAGGCCACUAUACCCCAGCAAGUUAGGUAUCCAGCUCAAAUGCCCCAGAAGCAUCUGGCCUCCAUGCCUCUGCCGCAGAAGCAACCGACCGCCGUGCCCCAGCAAGGGUGGCAUCCAGCUCAAAUGCUGCAGACACAACUGACCUCCAUGCCCGAGCUAACGUGGUAUCGAGCUCAAAUGCUCCAGCAGCAGAAACAACUGGCCACCAUGCUGCAGAAUCAACCAGCCCCAAUGCAUCUGCCGCAGAAGCAACCGGCCACCAUGCCGCCGCAAGUGUUGCAUCCAGCUCAAAUGCUGCAGAAGCAACAUACUGCCAUGCCCCAGCAAGCAUGGUAUCCAGCUCAAAAGCCCCAGCUGCAGAAGCAAUCGGCUGCUGAACCUCAGCAGCAAAUUGAACUGACCGCAAUGCCCCAGCCACCUCAGCAAGUGUGGCAUCCAGAUCAAUUUCCCCCGGAGCAGAAGCAACCAGCCCCUAUGCAUCUACCGCAGAAGGAACUGACCGCCAUACCCCAACUGUGGCAAACAACUCAAAUUCCCCAGCAGCAUAAGCAACCGGCUGCCAUGCUUCAGCAAGUGUGGCAUCUGGCGCAGAAGCAACCGGCCCCUAUGCCCCAGCAGCCUCACGACGUGUGGUAUCCAGCUAAAAUGGUCCAGAAGCAACAAGUCGCUGCACUGACCGCCAUGCCGCAGGCACAUCAGAAAGUGUGGCAUCCAGUUCAAAUGCCUCAGCAGCAGAAGCAACCAGCUACUGAACCUCAGCAGCAAAUUGAACUGACCGCCAUGCUUCAGACACAUCAGCAAGUGUGGCAUCCAGCUCAAUUUCCCCAGCAGCAGAAGCAACCGGCCUCCAUGCCUCUUCCGCAGGAGAAACCGACCGCCAUACCCAAGCAAGUGUGGUAUCCAGCUCAAAUGUCCCAGCAGCAACUGGCCUCCAUGCCUCUACCGCAGAAGCAACUGACCCCCGUGCCUCAGCAAUUAUGGCAUGUAGCUCAAAUGCCCCAGAAGCAACUUGCCCCAAUGUCUCAGCAGAAGCACUACGAAAGCACUGAAGAUGGUGUCUCUGGUAGCUCUCAGGCCAGCAUUGUUGAACAGUUGGGUGUCAUCCCAAUCUAUUCCUACAGUUCCAAAUCGCACUACGAGAAGGGCAGAACUGUCUUCUCCCAAACCCGCUACACUCCUAGGGAGGCUAUGCCUGUUGACAGUGGAAAUGCUCCCAAGGACAGUUAUGUUGGCAUUGGUGCACCAAGCAUACAUCCACCACUAGUGAAGGAUUCUGCAAGGGAAAUGUAACGGAGUCAUCCUCUAGAAGCUCUAAUGGAAGUUGCUGGUGCUCAAGCGUGAUGGAAUCAAUAAACA